AUGGCCUUCAGUUCUUCACAUGCUUGUCUACUGCUUGGCUGUAUUUCUGCAUCUUUAGCAGCAUCUUCCAAAAUUUCUGGUAAGUAUCCCCCGCUGUGGGAGGAGAGCCCUGGUCAGUUCAGUGACUAUGAAGUAGAGAAUGAAAAGUACAUCAUUAACAUCUGGAAUUAUUCUCAGAGAUUGGGAAUGUAUAAAAUAGUAUUGAACCAGACAGCCAAAUAUUUUGAAAAGUUUGCUCCAGAUAAUGAACAAAAUCUUCUGUGGGGGUUGCCUGUACACCAUGGAUAGCAAUAUCAUACAGGCCUGUUAGCUGACCCUACCCACAGGACGGGCUGUGGCUACCAGUCGGAGGAGCACCUGUGCCUGUCUGUGGACAGCUGGUGGGCAGACGUAAAUUACUUUCUGUCCAUGAUACCCUUCCUUGCUGCGGCUGAGGCAGGGAUCUUCGGCAUAUCACCAGACGACAUCAUCUUUCUGCCACCACCGAAGGAUCAGAACAAAUUUUGUUCUGAUGUCUCCAGCUGUCAUGCAUCCUUUCCAGAAGCAAUGAAAAAGUGGAAUGAAUUUUACCAGCAUGUAAAGUCACCUGCUAGUAGCUUUGAUGACCUGCUGAAGUAUGUAUGGGAUGCCCACUUCUCAUCCCUGAAAGUUGCUGGUAAAAGUUUUCAAAGUAGGUCAAAAUACUAUUCUAAAUCGGAAGCAGAUUUUCAAAGAAACUGGGUUUUAUUUGUGGAUUAUUUAGCUCCACUACGCUUUCCUACAACUUUGGUGAGAAUGUAUGAAUUCCAUCAGGGAUUGCUGUCACGGAUUCCGGUUGGCAGGGAUAAAAGUCCCUUCAUCAAGGACCUUACUGGCUUUCAGAACUUAGUCCUGCUUCUUCUAAAUUUCAUCCACAAAGUGCAUAAGUACACAGGAUACAAUAGAAAGAAAGGAAAUGACAAAAUGGAAUGCAAUUAA